ACCUUAGUGAAUAUACCUGGAGUCGGGUGCCUAAGAGUUUGUGCUUUUUACGGGACAUCUGGCUAGGAUCCUCAUAUGUAAAUUGAAAAAAAAGCGGAAAAUCAAUACUUGAUGGAUUCCUGUUAGGAAUCUAAAGUGGUAAAAUUUUACUUGGAGGAAAGUUCAGGUUCCUAUUAGGUGCCUAAAUACUUUUCUCAAGUGUCAAAAACGCACGUCACACAGUUAUGCAGUUCGAAAAAAUGUAACAACCACAGGAUGGAUAGUUUCCCUUUGCUGCAAACUCAAAACUCGUGAAAUAGUUUUAUAUUGCGGCGAAUACCUCUAUAUGCUUCUCUAUACAUUGCGAUACUUCUACUUUUGAAGACUUUUUUAUAGGUUUAUUAUAAUAUCAUUCGAUUCUGCUAGUUAUCUUUCAGUACAUGUUCGUUAGCUUAUGGAACUACUGUAUGCUUUAUACAUUUUCAUACAUCUCAUACAUUUUCAUACAGUUUCAUACAUCUCCAUACAUCUUCAUACAUCUCCAUAUAUCCCCGUACAUCUCCAUACAUCUCAUACAUUUUCAUACAUUUUCAUACAUCUCAUACAUCUCGUACAUGUCCGUUCAUGUCCAUACAUCUCAUACAUCUCGUACAUCUCCGUACGUCUCCCCGUAAUAGCCGUUCAUCUGUGCUAAACUUUACUUGCACUUGAUAUCUGUAGAUAGCGCUAUGUAUAAGAAAGUUUAAUAUUGAAGAGUGCAUAAGCGUGAGGUUAAGGAGUACUUUUUAUUGGUUGAGGCAUUUGACUAAACUUGAUGCUGCUCUUUGUUCCGUGGUUUUUCAGCGCAGUUUGCCCGUGUUCUGAACUCAGAUCAGUUUUAGAAAGCACGAGUUUGCUCUACAAAAUUAAGCCAUCAAUGAGAACUACAGUUUUUAUGCUGUUAUCAUUUACAUUCUUACUGCACUUGUACAUUGAUCGAUGCUUAUUUUAGUGUCCGCUGAGGUUAAUACCAAGGCACUUAGAUUUGAACAGAGACUAGACAGCGUUUAUCAGUUUCAAAGAGCAGUUUCUCUAGACGGAGAUCAAAAACUUUAGGUUCUUCACAUUUGUUUAGACGAAACGUAUUGAGAUCCGUUUUUUGCAGUGUGAACAUGACCUUAAUGAUCCGGAUACACUUAGACUAAAAGUGACUGUUAGGCUUGAGCUGCACUCUAGCGUCAAUUUUAGUUUAGCUUAGUUCUGUCGUUGUACGGCUUCGGUCUAAUAAGAUAGAGAAUAGCAACACAGUAGCUGGCAUAAAAGUUAAGUACAUUCCCAAGGCGAGUCCAAUGGAAAUGAGCGCGUUCAACACAUUCUACCAACAUGCGCAGAAAGAUGAUCAGAGUCUUUGGAAUCUAAGGAUACUUCAGCGCGCGUUGAUUGAUCCAAACUUUAUUCCGAAAAUAACGAACAAACACAAACUCAGAAAACAGUUGAUGCAGAAAAUCUCAUUAGAAUUAGGGAUUCCAAGGAGGCUAUAGAAGUGAACGUUAAAGUCUUAGUGCAGUUUUGAAAUAUUCUACCCCCGGUACUGGAUAGAGAGUUGAAAUUUAAACACUUAAUCGAGUGUACAGUGAACACUUUUAGCAAGUUUUGUCGGUAUAGAACCAACUAAGCCUUCUUUUAUGUCUUAUUCUAAAUUGCUUGUUUACUGCUUUUUGUGUUCUGAAAAGUAGCAGAGUUUUAUUCUACAAUUCCUCUCUUCUGGGCUCGAUGUGGCCGAUUUCAAUGUGUAAAGAUCGAUCUUGUUUUCCUUUUGAGAGUACUUGUGUACAAUAAAGUGGAAAUGGCAAAGUAGGAUGAGAUGGGAAAAAGAUGGUUGAGUAAUUCAAAACAAGCUGCGAAAUUAAAAUUUGAUUUAUCAUUUAUUUUAUCUGAUACUGAAAUGGCAGUAUUACGUCGAUAUGCACAACAAGGCGGAUCAAUAUCUACAAUAUUUUUUAGUGUAUUGCCAGUGUUAGCACAUUUUGGACGUAAUAGUUUUUAUGAAUCGAUGUUUCAUUCAACUAAACCGUUUAAUUUGUUUUCUGUUGUUGUGGGUCCUUCCGGAGCAUCAAAAUCACCCAAUAUCAAAUUUGUUAAAGAUGCUGCUGUUCUUGUAUCAAAAUUAUUUUCAGAUGAAUAUAUACGUGAUGUUAAAGUGGGAGAAAAAUCAACAGCUGAACGUAAUUCAGUAACCAGUAGUCCAAACCAUUCGAUAUUUAUAAAUUGUUUUACGCACUUAGAUGUCGAGCGAAAAAAAAUUAUGGCUAUUUGUCAAAAGAUAUUAGAAACGAAAUCGCCAUUAAUGACUGAUACUGAUAUAACAAAGAUAACAUCACAUUAUGAUAUACAAAAUCGUACAGCAGCAAAAAACAAAUUGAUUGAGCAACAAUUAAUUAAAAAAGAUUUGUAUUUGGCAACUGCAAAUAAAACUGGGAAUUCAAUCAAAACAUGUCCUGGUUAUGUUAAAUGUUUUCCCUUAUGCAAUUCGAUUACCGAAAAAGAACAAUUCAGUCAACAUUUGGCUGAGUAUGGUAUUAAGUUACAAGAUUAUUUAAAAUUAUGUGAAGAUAAUAAACAAAUUCGAACAGAUACUAAUUAUGGUUUAUCUGAAUUAGCAGAAACAUUGUUUAAAAGUGAACGUUAUCGUGAAUAUGUAUUAUUUGAUGAAAACACAGUAAUAAGACCAGAAGUAAUAUCAAUGUCAUGUAAUUUAUCUGAUACCACCGUAGAUAUAUUGUCAACAAAUCAAGCAAAUCAUCGGAAGCGAAAACUAUUAGAUGAUAAAACGACUGUAUCUUCAAGUUCAGAACCGCCAAAAAAAAUAAGACAAUCAAGAAGAACAAGAAAAUAG